ACGCCCCCACCAAAAAAAAAAGACAGCCUUUUUGGUAAUUCCACUUGCAUGCCUUUGGAGUCUGUUUCUUGGGUUGUUUUUUUUUUGGUACCAGGGAUUGAACUCCGGUCCUUGCGCCUGCAAGGCAGGCGGCGGAACCGCUGAGCUAAAUCCCCAGCCCUGGAGUCUGUUUCUUGAGUGUUGUUUCCCUUUGUACCCAGUUAUUUUUGAUUUUGUGGGAGACAGAUUUUUGUAGUUCAGCACAUGCCUGCCUUAUCCCACUUCUCUCCAUCCGCUCCUGUGUUUCUUAGCUGUAUAUUAGUGUGGUAGUUUCUGUUAGCUUAUAAGUUCUUUAAUGCUUCAACACUUAAAAAAUAGUGUCCUAGCAUUUUGGUUAAUGUUAACAGGUGGCUUUAUUCUUGCCGUUUUCACAAGCAGAAGUCCUACUUUGCUUUUAUUUGUUUUGUUAUGUAAUAGCUCUCUCCACCUUCCCCACUCAAAAUCUAGACCACUGAUUUUGAGGGCAGGGCCCAUGUCUGAGUCACUGUUUUAUCUUAGUGCCUGGCAUAGUUCUGUCUUACAGAGCACACACUGUUUGACAGACAGCGGGUAAGUCGGGUGGGUACCUAGUGGGAAAGCUUGAUUUGUGAUGCCCCUGGUUGUCUCCUCACACGAUACUGGUAAACGAGAGCUCCUGCCCGAGUGCCCAGGUACAGUGGAGCGCUUCACUCUAACAGACGCCUCCUUUCUAUCCUGUGUGCGGAGACAGAAGGAGCUUCAAGAGCAGGGAGAGAUCAGAGUCAUCCAGCUGGGCUUCGACAUGGAUGCCCACGGGAUUAUCUUCACUGAAGACUACAGGACCAGAGUCCUCAAAGCCUGUGAUGGCCGACCGUGUGCUGGGGCUGUGCAGAAGUUUCUGGCUUCGGUCCUUCCCGCCUGUGGGGACCUUAGUUUUCAGCAGGAUCAGAUGACGCAGACCUUUGGCUUCAGGGACUCCGAUAUCACGCACCUGGUGAAUGCUGGGGUCCUCACUGUUCGAGAUGUCGGGAGCUGGUGGCUGGCGGUGCCCGGAGCUGGGAGAUUCAUCAAGUACUUCGUUAAAGGGCGCCAGACUGUCCUUGGCAUGGUCCGGAAAGCCCAGUACCGGGAGCUCCUCCUGUCAGAGCUUCUGGGCCGACGAGCACCUGCUGCAGUGCGGCUUGGCCUGGCCUACCACGUCCAUGACCUCAUAGGAGCUCAGCUGGUGGACUGCAUUUCCACCACUUCCGGAACCGUCCUCCGCCUGCCAGAGACAUGAGGAUUCUGCUGUCACUGUGCACCUCCUCAGAUGGUGGCUGUGUGGGGGUCAUCUUGGGAAGGCUGAGUGUGGGGCCGGGCGGGCCUGCUCUACAAGCCUGGUCUGUGACCCCUGGUUGGCUUUGGGCAGUGCUUGUGCCCUUCCGUGGGUGUGGAGCUAGGGCCUGCCAAGGCCUUGGCCAUUGCCUGUUGUGGAAGAAGGUGCUAUCAUUGCUGUUUUGGGAUUGGAAGAUGGGACUGCUGGGGAGGCCGGGGCAGGAGCCAGAGUCCUCUGUCCUCCCUGUUAAAUUGGAAUUGCCAAAUAAAGUACUUCUGCCUGUGGUGUUGCCUGAAGGAUGUGCGUGUUUGGGUGUCUCUUUUGUGGGGGUGGUAACGCCACUGGAGGCCUGAGUGUUGUCCUGUCACUCAGGACUAAGUUCCCUUGAUUCUGAGGUUGGUUCUUCCCACCUCCUGAACCGCAGGGUUUCCGUCAGGGCCUGCAGAAAGCAAAAGCCUGGUGUGGUUCAGUGUGGGUAGGGAUGAAAGGAAGAGGCGAGGGUCUUAGAAGCCCAUCCUUGUUCCAUCAGGACUUUUAAGUGUCCUAGAUCUCCAAGCCACCUGGGGGCCUUGCAGGCUCGUGGAGAGACAGACAGCCUGUGUGUGUACUCGCUCACAGAUACUCCCAGUU